AUGAGCGACAACAUCAGCGUUUUCACAGACUACAUUCUAUUAUUUGGAUCAUCUGGUUUGGCAGGAAGAGGCACCUUAGAAAACUUGCUGGACAUAAACUUUUACAUUAAGAAUGUUUCUGAUCUACAAGAUAAACUUGAUAGUCUGAAAGAAAUAAAAGAGGAUGUUGUGUUGAAUAAACAUGUUUUUUGUAUCAAUAGAAGGAAUGUCACAGAGCAAAAAUCAUUUUUAAAGACCAUUGAUUAUGUAAACAUGAAAUCAAUUACUUGGAAAGGUGGCAGAUACUACUUAAGAAGCAGAACAGCUAAUGACAAUGGGAGAGAAACGUCUAGCACUGAUACGUUUUUCUAUGAUAAUUUUGAAGAGGGAUUCAUUAGAGGUGCGGCGUAUGAGGGACAAAAAGGCAAUUUUUCCUUUGCCUAUAAUCAGAAACAGUUUAGUUACUCAUUACAUUAUGCAUGCAGAAAAGAGGAAAGCUUUGGAAUCAAGUAUAAUUUUACUGUGACGCAAUUGAUUAUUCCUCCCUCUGAAAGCUGGCCAAGAUUGCUUUCACGCAUUUUCUCGAAAGAGCAAAAGCUGGAGAAGUUUGAUAUUGACAACAAAACUUAUGUUGCCGAUAAAAGUUUACCAAGUCUGCGUGAUAUUGGUACCAUGGUGUGUACCUUGGGCUCUACUUCAGCUAGAGUGCGGAGAACUCAAGUACCAAAUUCUUUUGUAGACUACCACUUGGUUUUUUCUUUAGCACAAGAAUUUGCAAAUACCACGAAUAAAAGAUUGGUGGUUGUAACUUCCUUCAACAAUGACUUGCUUAUGAGAACUUUCGAAUAUUUUAGAAUAAAAGCCAAACUGGAGAACGAUUUGGAGGAAGCUUUGCCAAAUAAGCUAAAAGAACUUGUUAUUUUGAGACCAGGUCCAAUGUGUGGACAACAUGGAGAUCCUGUAAACGUCAAAUUGGAUGUACAAGAAAACCCAACUUUUUCGGAGAGAAUCCUAUAUUAUCCUCGAUAUGUUUUGAAAUAUAAGAAGCAAUAUAUUAGCGAAGCUAGGAAGGUUGGUUUACGAACAAAGUUAAGUGAAUUGAUUGCUUCCAGUAUAUAUAGAAUGCCAGGAUCGGCAUUGUUAGGAUAUUCGGUUCCAGUUUCAAAAGUUUCUUAUGUUACGUCUUUGAAGGCAAUCGAAAAAAGAAGCAAAGAAGCCGGACCUAAGGUGGAAAUGAUUAAUAGUUAUCAAAUUGAUAUGAUUGCCUAA